ACACAUUCAUACACCAAUGGCGGCAGAGCUGCUAUGUAAGGUGCUAGUCUGCCAUUGGGUGCAACUUGGGGGUCAGUGUUUUACCCAAGGACACUUCGGCAUGUGGAGUCGCGUGGGCCAGGAUUCGAACCGCAACCGCCGACCCGCUCUACCAACUGAGCCACAGCCGCCCCUCAUGAUUUCUUAACAGAAAUCGUGCAUUAACAGAAAAUAAAUCUGUAAUAUCUAUAAAGUCUUAGAGUCAUCAUUGUGUAGUUUAAUUAAAUAUGUUUAUAAAUGAUGAAUUAAAAUAAAUUAUUAAAUAAUAAUUGUAUUUAGGAUCCCAGUGAGCAAGCUGUAGGCGACUGUGGCAAGGAACACAAAUCUCCAUAAGAUGUUGAUUAAUGGAGAAAAAUAACUUUGGGAGAAAUCAGACUCACUGUGGGGGCCAGUUCCCCUCUGUCUAACAUCAUGAACAUAAUGCCAAUAUGACUUAUGUAUAGUGCAAGUCAUGGUUUAAAAUGAUUAAACUAAGUAAGGUUUAAGGGUCAGUGUUUAAACAUCGAUUGUGUUUGAACUGUAAGAUUAAUGACUAAUGUCUUUGAAGUCCAUCCUGGAUUAACUGCAGAAGUUCACGUAGAUGCAAUUGUCCUUGUUAAUUGGCUGAUGAAGGCUUUUGUUGGCAAUUAAUUAAUAGUCGAUGUAUUGCAUUGUAAGGGUGUAGUCAAUCAUAAGACCGAGGUGAUGCAGGCAGAGAUGAGUCUGCUAAAAUAUGCUGACCUGGCAGCUUUUAGUGCCUGUCUGUAGCUACAGAAACUAUCUUUCCAUGCACCGCGAAAUACCUCUAUUUGUGUAUUCUUCCACUUGUGCUCCAUUUUCCGAGCUGCUCUCUUGAGAGCAUGAGUGUGAUCAUUGUGCCAUGGCGCGGGGCUUAUUUCUUUAAUUUUCUUUAAUCGAAGGGGGGUGACAAAUCAAGAGUGCUAGAGAAGACUGCAUUUACAUUUUCUGAUAUCACAUCAAGUUCUUCUGGGCUUUGUGGCUUACUAAGUGUAUGAGAUAGAUCUGGAAGAUUAUUAGUGAAUUAUUAGCAUCUUUAGUGGUCAAAAGAAUAGUUCUACCUGAACGAUAGCGUGGUGUAGAUUGAGUAACAUUAGCUGAACGCAGCACACAAGAGAUCUCUCUGCUGUAGGAUUUCUAUAGUAUCAACGUCAACUCCAUAUGACAGAAUUAAAUCUGUAAUCGCGUAAUGGGGAUUAAUUAGUCCUGCCACAUAUUACACGACUCCAAGACAGUUCAUAAUAUAGAUAAAUGCUAAUCUCAAUGUGUUAUUUUCAAUAUCUAUGUGAAUGUUGAAGUCGCAAUUAAAGCUUUAUCUACAGUAACUACUAUAUCUGAUAGAUAAAUAAGCAAAUUCACCACGGAAAUCAGAAUAUGGUCCAGGUGAUCUAUAUACUGUAGCAAGGGCAAAAGACGACAGAGUUAUUUUAUUUGUAUCCGACAGUGUCACAUUAAGCAUUAUUAGUUUAAAAUACUUCAACUUAUAUCCUGUCAUCUUAGUAACUCCAAAAACGCCACUGUAAAUUGUAGCAACACCUCCUCCUAGACCCUUCAGACGAGGCUCAUAUUUAUAACAAUAACCUGAGGGAGUUGAUUCAUUUAAACUAAUAUAUUGAUCCGGUAUAAGCCAGGUUUCAGUCAGAGCACAUCCAAACUAUGACCUGUAAUUGUUUCAUUUACAAUAAGUGCUUUUCUUGAAAGAGAUCUAAUGUUUAGAUCUUUUAAUAAAAAAUGUGUUAAAACCGGAGCAUACUUUGGGUUUUAGAACGACACGAGGGUUAUUAAAUGACAACGUUUUCAUUUUUGUGUGGACUAUUUCUUAAAAGCAAAUAAAGAAGUGUUUGAGGGAGAGAUUUGACCUAGAAAUGGGUCUGCAGUUGUUUACACAGUUUGUCAGAAAUGUCAAGGAAUGUGACGUUUCUAGUGCAUUUUCUGCAGAAAGUAACAUGCUUCGGCUGCUUCUCUCUCUCUCUCUCUCUCUCUCUCUCUCUUUCUGAUAGGAUUAUUUGUGUGUGUGUGUGUGUGUGUGUGUAAAGAGAACUGCGUCUGCGCGCUGGGGGAGGAGUAUCUAUGUCACACUCCCUCUCUCACUAACACCGUCUUCUCUCCUCCCGUGUAGGCGUUUUUCCGCCCUCCCACUCUCUCUCUCUCUCUCUCUCUCUCUCUCUCUCUAUUUGUCUCUCUCUCUCUCUCCCCCUCAAGUGCAAGGCCAUGUGGGACACAUGAUGAGGAGUUUUCACCCCUCUGCGUCUUCUGUUUCAUAUCUGUCUCUUUCUCUCUCCCUCUCCCACUCUUUCGCUUUACGUACGGAUUGCUUGCUUCCUAAUUCCAAAGUCUUUAAGCUGUACAUGAGGGAAAGACCUUCAGAGAAUAAUUUAGCACGAGGGAGUGAAGGAUAAAGUGGAAUGAAAAAAACUAGCCUGCAUUUUUGCCUCGAGGGCCUCCCUACUAGCGGGCCCAGUCG